AAAUUGGUGCAUCCUGUCUUGAAAGAUAUUGAAAUUAAGAAAAAUAUUGAAAAUUACGUGUUUUUCAAGUUUUUUGAAUAAAAAAAUAGUAGAAAAUGAAAAUUAUCUUGCCGCUGGUACUCAGGACUGUCACCAAUUGAGCACUAAACCAAAAGAAUAGGAUCAAAAAGAAGCCAGACGGUUUUCAUAAUUUUAAAGGAAUAAAAACAAAGGGAUUAGUUGCGUAUUAAUUAAUCCAAAGAAGAUCCACAAAAUACUUUAGUCAUGGCCAGUGUUCGUAUUCCAGAGCAAAAAAUCAUUUUGUGCGGCGAAUAUGGCGUUGGCAAAUCAUCAAUUUUUCGUCGUUUCGCCACAAAUACAUUCACAACAGCCACGGACAGGGCUUCCACCUUGGGCUUGGACCACUUUGACAAAACAUUUACAGCCAACGAGCGUGACAUCAAGCUACAGCUUUGGGAUACGGGCGGCAUGGAACGGAUUGCUAGUGUGACUUCCAGUUAUUACAAGUUUGCCGAAGCUGCAAUCUUGGUGUUUGCUUUAGACAACGAGUCGUCAUUUCAUUCGCUCAGCCAACACAUGCUUGAGUGCGUGACCUACGCGGAAAAUGCGAAAAUUUGGCUAGUUGGAAACAAGUGUGAUCUCGAGAGUGACAAUGCCGAAGUGACUGACAGUGACAUUUCGAUGUUUUGCGAGCAGUGUCACGGAUUGAUUUCGGGCGUAUUUAAGAUUUCUUGUAAAACUGGCGAAGGAAUCGACGAGAUGUUUGAACACAUUGCUGCCACUUUAGUCGAAGCAAAUCGCUCAAGAAUCGAACUUCAGGCACUCGAGCAACAUGGAUUCAAGGUUGACGAAUAUCCUGAAGACAAUAUCGAGUCAGGAUGUCUGUGCUAGCACUCGUUUUUGUAAUUUUUGUGUUUGUUAGCAUUUUUUAAAGUAUUACGAUUGAGUUUUUGUUUGUUUUUUUUACCUAAUCUUUACUGAUAUAUUAAUCUUUUAAUUCACGAAUUGUUAAAAAAAAUUGAAUUAUAUUAUUUAUUUGAGAUUUUUUUUUUAUUAUUAUUGUUUUUUAAAAGUGUUAGAGAGGAAGAAAGAGGCCUUGAGUUUUUGAUUUGUCAAAAUUUACAUCAUAAAAAAAUAAUCCAUGACAAACGUCCGAAAAGUUUUAUACAUCACACAUUUGUAACCAAAAAUGUAUUACAUAGUAACAAAGAACUAUUUCAUAAAAUAAAGUUCGUAUUAACAUUGAA